AUGAUGAAAGCGUGCUUGAAACUAAAGAGGAAACCCAAAGAGGAUGAAACAUGGUUUACGAAGAAUGGAGGAUUAUUAUUAGAGGAGCUGAUUGCCUUUUGCAAUGGGAAAUCCAAUCCUAUCCGCAACUUCUCUGCCAAAAAGCUUAGAAAAGCAACAAACAACUAUGACCCACGUCAAAUUUUCCUGUGGGAUUGUGAUUUUAAAUUUUACAAAGGUUCUCUUGAAGACCGCUUAAUUUCAGUUAAAGUGUACAGAGAUUUUGGACCUUUUGCUGCUCAAGAAAAUGUAUUAGAAUGCAUUAUUAAAGACAUUGCUGUUGGAUCACAAAUGAGUGUCCAUAAAAAUGUUCUGAAGCUCCUAGGAUGCUGCUUGGAGACCAAACAUCCGAUUCUAGUGUAUGAAUUUGUGGGGGACAAAAUUCUCUCCAAUUGUAUCGAUCCAAGGGAAAGAGCCAUGUUAGUCAACUCUCAGCCGCUGCCAUGGAAGUGUAGGUUGAGGAUUGCAAUGGGCAUAGCUAAUGCCAUUGCAUAUCUCCAUAAUGCAUUUUCCAGGCCGGUUGUGCAUAGAGAUAUCAAGUCCCCCACCAUUAUAUUGGAUAAGGAGAAUGUUGCCAGAUUGAUUGACUUCUCACUCUCCAUAUCUAUCCCUGAAGGUCAGUUGCAUGCAGAGGGUUCUGUGCGGGGGAGAAUGAGUCUUAUUGAUCCUGAAUAUCCUAGUACAGGCCAUGUAAACCAGAAGACUGACGUGUUUAGUUUUGGUCGAUUUCUACUUGAGCUUUUGGGUCCUCCAAUCGGCUUUCUUGCUAUAGGGUGGGCGGAGUCGGUCGAUGUACAAAACCGGUUGAUUGAAAUUGUAGAUCCGGCGUUACUGAAAGAAAGAAUUGAUGCAGAACAGUUUCUAGCUUUUGCAAGGCUCGGCCUGAGUUGUUUGUGUGAAAAAGGAGAAGAUAGGCCAGAAAUGAUCGACGUGGCAAAACAACUCAGGCGUAUUUAUCAGUCAGUCUCACCACUUUAA